AUGGGAAGUUAUCGCUUCGAGCUGUCUAAUGGCCGUGCUGGCUGUCAGAACAAAGAGUGCAAGGAUAAUGCCGUCAAAAUUCCUAAGGGUGAGCUUCGAGUUGGAUCAUGGGUCGAGAGUGAAAAGUUUCAGUCCUACCAGUGGCGCCACUGGGGCUGUACCACGCCAAAGGUGAUUGAGAAUAUCGCCAAUGCCUGGGAGGAAAUUCGCUCCAAUGAAAAUGACUACAGUGUGCUCGACGGCUACGAGGAUCUGCCCGAUGCCUUGCAGUUGAAGAUUCGCACUGCCCUCACCCAGGGCCACGUCGCCGAUGACGACUGGAAAGGCGAUGUCGAGGUUAACCGCCCUGGCUGCACUGGAUUCCGCCAGCGCGCCCCCCGCGGCAAGAAUGUCAAGGCAGAGGCCACUCACGACCAGCAGAAGCCCACCGUCGAAGACUCUGACGCUAAUGAUGAUACCGAACCCUCAGAGAAGCCAAAGACCAAGCCAAAGAAAGCUACCGUCAAAGCUGUCGCUGAGUCUAGCAAUGACGCCGAUGCCUCCGAGAAGGCCAAGCCCAAGGCGAAAAGGGCCCCUCGUGCCAAGAAAGCAGUCGUCAAAGAGGAUUCUGAGGCUAGCGAUCAUGAAGCUCAUGAAGCGGAAGACCAGAAGCCUGCUGCCAAUAUCAAGAAAUCUCGUGCCAAAAACGCCGCUACCGGUGCGGAGCCUGGCACAAAGCGCAAGACUUCCGGCGAAGAGACCCAGGAUGCCGAAUCCGGGAAGCCUAAGCGUGGUCGUACCAAGCCUACCAAGACCGACUCUGCCCAUGAUGAUACUGAGACUGCUGUCCCCGCCAAGCCCAAGCGUGGCAGGAAGAAGGUUUCCUCGGAUUAA